AUGGCCACGCCGGCCCACUGCUACUAUUGCUUCGAGAGCCUCGCAGCCUCCUAUCAACGCAAGGAACCCAUCGACCUGGCCUCCGUCGAGGAACUCUGGGCCCGCCACGAACAGUUCAAGAAACUCUCCGCGCUGCAGGCCACCGAAGAGGAGACGGACUAUCCGCUCAGCGUAGAUGACGACGACGACGACGACGAACCCGCAGGUGGUGGGCGUGGUGGUGGCGGUCACCGGAAGAUCAAGCUGCCCAGCGUGCACCGGCUGCAGUCCAGCCCCAGCACCACGACGACUCGGCGCUCAUCGCUCAACUCCUCGCACUCCACACUGACCACAUCCACCACGCUGACCACCCCGGGGUCCUCCUCGCUCUCUGACGCCGCCAGCGGACGCUCCCGUCGCGAGGAGCCGCCCGAGCCCCAAGAGUACCCGCUCUUCGUAACCUGGAACACCCUCUCGCGCCACGGCCACAAGUCUCUCCGCGGGUGUAUCGGAACCUUCGAGGCUCAGGAGUUGUCCGAGGGCCUGAGAGACUACGCUCUUACCUCUGCAUUCGAAGACACCCGCUUCGCCCCCAUCCCUUCCACCCUCCUCCCCUCCCUCUCCUGCUCCCUAACCCUCCUAGGCACCUUCGAACCCUGCACCAACGCCCUCGACUGGAUCCUCGGCCUCCACGGCCUCCGCAUCUCCUUCAUCCACCGCGGCCGUCGCUACGGUGCCACCUACCUCCCCGACGUCGCCGUCGAACAAGGCUGGACCAAGGAGGAGACCGUUAAGAGCCUGAUGCAGAAAGCCGGGUGGGACGACAACAACAGCAGCAGCAGCAACGGCAGUGUCGCAAGGCGGUUUCUUCGGGCUGGCUCGAGUAAUCAUCAUAGUAGUAACACCAGUAGUGGCGGGACGUCUUCGGUCAAGCCGCCAUGGGAUCAGGUCUCGGAUUUUAGGGCGGUCAAGUAUCAGGGGCUGAAGGCGAGUUGUACAUAUGCCGAGUGGCAGGAGUGGCGGCGGUGGGUUCUGGGGUUGGGGGAUGGGAGUGAGAAGUUGUUGGUUGGGUGA